ACGCAGCGGUGUGAGUCCAAUGGAAACCUUCGUCGCAACCCAGAGGAGACAAUCGAGUGCUGAUUUAGCUGAAAAAUAGAAGUCGAUAUAAUCAUAUGGGGUUAUAAACUGCAUCUGUUCUCAUCAGUCUGGGUUUGCGGUUCUAGCCGUUGCGUUUAAAAUCCGCUAUUUUACCGUUAACGUUGUCCGCUCGGCCUUGUUUAUAUUUGUGCAGCUUGAAGCAGGCCCGGAAACACCACAGAAGAAGAAGAAGCAGCAGCAGGCCUGUGCGAGUUUAACGUUUCGGGUCCGGAGUGUGUUUUGUGCGGAUCGGCCCUUUAGCUCACCAAAGAAUAUGACCCAGAUGCCACAAUGACAUCCAGAUUUGGUAAAACCUACAGCCGCAAGGGAGGAGAGGGCACGUCCAAGUUUGACGAGGUGCUGUCCACCAAGAGAGGCACCCUGAGCACCAAAUGGGGCGACACCACCUACAAGGCCAAGGUGGGAUCCAAGCGCGUCGGCGCGCCCAAGAACGACUCGGUCCUGGAGGUUUACAAGAGGCCCCGUCCGAGCGGAGACGGCUUCGAGGAUCCGUUUGGAUUUGACAGCGACGAGGAAUCCAAGCCGGUUUCGUCUCGCAGUGGAAACAAGUCGUCGCCCGCUAAGCCGAGCUCCGCAGAGCCUCCGCAAGCGGAAAGGCCGGGGCUGUCUCUGUCCAGCCUCCAGGGGGGGUCCCACGCUUUGACGUCUGCUCGAGGGACGUCGUGGCUGCCCAAUGACCAGAACCAGCCCAGGGUGGUGGAGGACACGGCUCAGUUCUUCAACAGCAGCAGUGCCAGCAUAGGAAAGUCCCAGCAGACUUCCUCGCUGUCAGAGAACCAGCACAGCUACUCGUGGUACCAAAAUGCUUCUGAGAGUGAUAAGAAGCCCCUGGCGCAGACCACCACCCUGAAGACGGGGUCCAAGGCAGAGUCCACCUACGACUCCUGGGACGCCAUCAUGGGUCUCCGUCCGCCCUCGCCCAGCCAGGAACCUCGCAACCCGGCCCCGACGCUGUCCUGGGCUACAGCAGGCAUCACUGUGGGCAGCUCUGAGCUCCGGCAGACCCGGCAUGUUGAGAUGCCCCCCUCUCCCCCACGGCUCCGGAGCCCCAGUGAGAGCCUAGAGGACCUAGGGGGCGACUCUGACUUCCUUGUGGAGCCGUCUGACUACUCCCAGACUUCCUCCAACGCCUCACUUGUAAGAAACUCUAACUGUCGGACUUACAGGAGGCCCAACAAACAGGGCUCUGGCAAAACCUCGGACUCCAGCGGCUCUGCCAGCACUGCUUCUAGCUCAGAUCCUCCCAAGUCCACAUCGGACGGCAGUAAUAAGACGGCGGGUGGUGGUCGGGGACGGGGCAGGACGAGGGACUUCACGGUGAUGCACCCCUCUUCUGUGUCCAUGUGUAAUGUCACCAUCCAGGAACGAGGAGGGGAGGAGUUCAGCACCGACGCGGCGCCCUCUAGUGGUAGCAGCAGUGCCGGGUCCGGCAGCACCACGGAGCUGGGAGAGGCGGGAUGGCAGCGGAAGAAGACGGAACAACAAAACACAAGGUUCAAACCAACCCAGACAAAGCCAAAGAAGGACAGUAAGCCGGACCUGUUUGGUUUCGAAGACGCAGACGCUCAUCAGGAGGAGAACAGCGGCGACAACUCAGACGGACGAUCCAGUUACAAGAUCCAGUACUUCGGCUUUGACGACAUGAGCGACAGCGACGGCGCUGACGACGAUGACGGCGCUAAAGAGAGGAGGAGGGCCAAGAAGGCUGCGGCCGCCCAAAAGAGAGAGAGAACCCCGGUGGUAGAACCCAUGGAGGAAACACUGACUGAAGAGCCGCCGGAUCCCUUCGAAAACCUGGAGAGGCUGGAGAGACUGGAGAGGCUGGAGAGACUGGAGAUGCUGGAUCGACCGGCAGCCAAGGAGAACAAGAAGAACUCUGAGAGGCAGGACAGCCGGAUACGAGCAGACGUGAUGGACUUCUCAGAGGACGGCCUCAGAGUGGUCGCCGGGGCUCCCAGGAGGCCGUCUCCGGGCAAAGCCACCGAGAAGAACCCGGACACCUUCCGGAGGAUCUUCAGCGCGCACAAGAAGUCUCCCACCAAAGCUGUGUACAACGCCAGACACUGGACGCUGGAGAGCGAAGAGGAGGCCCCUUCAACUUUCUUGGCACGAUCACAGACGGCUCCUGCGCCCGUCUCAGCGGGAGGAUCUGGUAAGGAGCCCGCCGAUGCUAAGAAGGACGACGGGGUUUUUAAGGCUCCUCCCCCUCCGCCCAAAGUCACCAAAUGUGUCACCCUCCCCACUGACCUGUACCAGGACACCAUUACUGCACUCAAAUGCCGCAAAGAGCACAAGGAGCUGUAUACAGUGGUCCAGCAUGUGAAGCAUUUCAACGACGUGGUGGAGUUUGGAGAGAACCAGGAGUUUACCGAUGACUUUGAGUACCUGGCUACUGGUCUGAAGAGUGGACAACCUCUCAACACACGCUGCCUUAGUGUGAUCAGCCUGGCUACGCGCUGCGCCAUGCCCAGCUUCAGGAUGCACCUCAGGGCCAGAGGGAAGGUGGCUCAGGUCUUCAAAACGCUCAAUGACGCCCCACAACACCCGAACCUGGCUCUGUGCACGGCGUCUCUCAUGUACAUCCUCAGCAGAGAUCGGUUGAACAUGGAUCUGGACCGCUCGUGUCUGGACCUGAUGAUCCGGCUGCUGGAGAUGGACCUGGACCAGGACCAGGGGGGCGGGGCCUGCACAGGGACAGACCCUGACCCCACCACUCAGUUCAGCGCCAGAGAAAUCGCCAAGAUGAAGGAGAAGAUCAGGAAGCUCUGCGACACGGUGCACAACAAGCACCUGGACCUCCAGAACAUAACGACGGGUCAUUUAGCCAUGGAGACGUUACUGUCCCUGACUUCAAAGCGAGCCGGAGACUGGUUCAAAGAGGAGCUGCGACUACUGGGAGGACUGGACCACAUCGUAGAUAAAGUGAAGGAGUGUGUUGACAACUUGAACCAGGAGGGCGAGAAGGAGAAGAUGGUGUCGUCUCUGUGGGGAGCUGAGAGGUGUUUACGGGUGUUGGAGAGUGUGACGGUCCACAACCCAGAGAACCAGGGCUACUUGAUCGCCUACAAAGACUCAUCCCUCAUCAACUCCUCUGCAAAGGUGCUGAGGAGGUGUGAGGAGAUGAUCCAGAGGUACAGCAGGGAGCUGAACUCAGACGGAGCCGUGGGGAAAGCAGUGGAGGACUGUAUGAGGGCCAUUAUCGGAGUCCUGCUCAACCUGACGCACGACAACGAGUGGGGCAGCACGAAGACCGGCGAGCAGGAGGACUUAAUCAUGACGGCUCUGAACUGUGUCCUCAAAGUCCCUCAGUAUCUUCCUCAAGAGCAGAGGUUCGACAUCCGGGUACUGGGUCUGGGUCUGCUGAUCAACCUGGUGGAGUACAGUGCCCGGAACAAGUACUGUCUUAUGGAGAUGGAGAUGGAGGGAGGUCAGGGUCCCUGCGACUCCACCGUCCUGCUGAACCCUCCGCUCCAGGACAUCGCCUCCACCGGCCCGCUGAGCGCCAUCGCUGCUCUCGUACAGCUGUUCCUCCAGCGGGAGCGAGCCGCCAUCAAGGCCGAGGAGCAGACCGAUGACCUCAUCAAGGAGGCGCCGAAGCCGGCGCUGGACAAGAGCGGCGAGUGGCAGGAGACGGGCGGCGAGAUCCAGUGGGUGGCCAACGACAACACCACCCCCACGGACAAACAGGAAGAGGAGAAGAAGAAGGAGAAGGACGAGGAGGACCAGGAGCUGGACCUCAACAAAGCUCUGCAGCAUGCAGGGAAGCACAUGGAGGACAGCAUCGUGGCCUCCUACACAGCACUGCUGCUGGGCUGCCUGUGUCAGGGGAGCACGCUGAAUGUGACUACUGUGAGAGAGAACCUUCCUAAAGGAGAUUUCUCCAUCAUGACAGAAAUGCUGAAAAAGUUCCUCAACUUCAUGAACCUCACUUGUGACAUCGCCACCACAGGACAGAAGUCCAUCUCCCGGAUCAUUGACUAUCUGGAGCACUGCUAGAGAGAAGCCUGUCUCUCUCUCACACACACACAACCACAACCAUCUUCUUCAUCUUCGUCACCACUAUCAUUAUCAUCUUCAUCACCUCAGAAGAAUGAAACAUGCCUGUUCCAGGAGUGAAUCUAACACGCACCUCUUCGCCUCCUCCUCCUCCAGUAAACGGAGCUCGAUAAGUGAAUGAAAGGGAGUUUCUUUCCCCUAAAUUAACUUGAGAUUAACUUACAUUUGUUAUGACUUCAUAGGUUAUGAUCAGAUUUUAUUUUACUUUUUUUAUUAAACAAACGGUCCGAGUCAGUAUUUUAUUUUCCUCCGGCCUCUCCUCUAUUUAUAAAUGUCUCAGAAUGAUGGCUUCUUCUUCUUUUGUUGAAUCUGUUUUUUGCUUUUGAUACGUUUCCUCUUUUUCAAAGUUCAGCCCC